CCCUCUACCUGUAACCAGAACUGUCAGUCACUCAUCACCGGUUCUUACUCCAUUACCGAAAAACCAUUUAAUUUAAGAUUUUAACAACUUCUUUUAGUUAUCAGUUUAUUGUUGUGUUUUCUUUUCUUCCUUUAAGAAUUCCAAAUCUAGCUUUCAAAUAUCACAAUCAUUUAAAAGACUAAUUAACAUUAACAACAAUGGAUAAGAAAUUACACUCCGGAAUGUUUCACCCAACCCUGAGACUUCUUCAGGAACCGAACUGUGAAAUAAAUGCACAUAAUUUGAUGUAUCCGAUUUUUAUUAUACCACAGGAUGAUACAGUGGAAGAUAUUCCAAGUAUGCCUGGUGUUGCUCGUAUGGGAAUCAACAAGCUUAGAGAACAUCUUGCUCCUUUAGUUGCAAAAGGACUUAAAUCAAUUCUUUUAUUUGGUGUUGUUAGCUCUGAUUUGAAGGACAGCUUAGGGUCUUACGCUGACCAUAAAGAGAAUCCGGUUAUCCUUGCAGUUCCUAAGUUACGCCAAUGGUUCCCAGAAUUACUCAUUGCAUGCGACGUCUGUUUGUGUCCCUACACCGACCACGGUCAUUGUGGUAUACUAAAUGAAAGUUCUAUCAAUAAUGAAGAAAGUACAAAACGUCUAGCUAGUAUUUCGCUAGCAUAUGCCAGAGCAGGAGCUCAUAUAAUUGCGCCAUCAGACAUGAUGGACAAUCGAAUAAAAGCCAUCAAAAAUUCUCUUAUUUCAAAUGGGUUGGAAAAUUCUGUAUCCCUGCUAUCCUACUCUGCCAAAUUCGCUUCGAAUUUCUAUGGUCCAUUUAGGGAUGCAGCUAAAAGUGCUCCUGCAUUCGGUGAUCGACGGUGUUAUCAGUUGCCAACUGGGUCCAAGGGAUUAGCUAUGAGAGCUAUUGAAAGAGAUGUUGAAGAAGGUGCAGAUAUGCUCAUGGUGAAACCAGGAAUGCCUUAUUUGGAUAUUCUUAAAGCAACGAAAGAUGCAUAUCCCAAUUUGCCUUUAUAUGUUUAUCAAGUUUCGGGUGAAUACGCAAUGCUCUAUCACGCAGCUAAAAGUGGUGCCUUUAACUUAGAAACAGUCCUCAUGGAAUCAAUGACAUGUUUUAGACGAGCUGGUGCUGAUUGCAUUAUAACUUACUUCACUCCACUUCUACUAGAUCUUAUAAAAAAAUAAGCACGUUGUACUAUAAAACAUUUUUUGUACGAGUUUUACUAUUCCUUUUUGUAUGGGUUAUGAAAGUUUUUGGUUAAGUUAAGUAAAAAAUAAUAAUGUAAUUAUGGCAAUACAAGAAAUUGGUGCAAAUAUAUUUAUAUAAAUAAAAUUUGUUGGUGAAUUUAAAAGGCCAAGAACAAAAGCAAA